AUGAAAGUAUUCUUGUUAAUAAUCUUUGGCGUAUUUUCUAGCCAACAACAAUCGUAUCCGAAACAAUUAGUAAUACGUAAAGAUAUAUUUAAUUUAUUUAAAGCAAAUGAAUUUUCUGUGUAUGAUCAACGUGAACAGCAAUUACUGUAUCGUGUUGAAACACAAUUGAAUUUAUUACAUCGAGCAACAAUUGUUGCGAGUCAAGCCGGUAAUAGGAUUGUUGCUAGAAUUAGUGGAGAAUUUCAAUGGGCAUUAUAUCAAGCAACAUUUCAAUUAUUAAAUCCGCAGACAAAUCAAUGGCAGGAAGGAUAUAUACGUGAACAAUUUCAAUGGUUCUAUUCAAAAUAUUUAGUUGGUUAUCAACAACAAACUUUUAUAUUCGAAGGUCGUUCAUUAAUUUCAAUGAGAUGGUAUGAUCAACGCGGUAAUAUAAUUGUUGGUGAAUACCGCAGACGUUUUGAAUUAGCAUUGUCAUCUGUUUAUGAUCUUAGUAUUUACGACCAAAGAUUACCAGAUCCAUUCUAUCUAAUUGGACUGGCUGUACAACAGCGGAAAACCGAAAAAAAAAAUAACUAA